GGAGAAAAUGGCGGCAGGGGUCGAAGCGGCAGCCGAGGUGGCGGCGACGGAGCCCAAAAUGGAGGAGGAGAGCGGCGCGCCCGGCGUGCCGAGUGGCAACGGAGCUCCGGGCCCGAAAGGUGAAGGAGAACGACCAGCUCAGAAUGAGAAGAGGAAGGAGAAAAACAUAAAAAGAGGAGGCAAUCGCUUUGAGCCGUAUGCCAAUCCAACUAAAAGAUACAGAGCCUUCAUUACAAACAUACCUUUUGAUGUGAAAUGGCAGUCACUUAAAGACCUGGUUAAAGAAAAAGUUGGUGAGGUAACAUACGUGGAGCUCUUAAUGGAUGCUGAAGGAAAGUCAAGGGGAUGUGCCGUUGUUGAAUUCAAGAUGGAAGAGAGCAUGAAAAAAGCUGCUGAAGUUCUAAACAAGCAUAGUCUGAGUGGAAGACCACUGAAAGUCAAAGAAGAUCCUGAUGGUGAACAUGCCAGGAGAGCAAUGCAAAAGGCUGGAAGACUUGGAAGCACAGUAUUUGUAGCAAAUCUGGAUUAUAAAGUUGGCUGGAAGAAACUGAAGGAAGUUUUUAGUAUGGCUGGUGUGGUGGUCCGAGCAGACAUUCUUGAGGAUAAAGAUGGAAAAAGUCGUGGAAUAGGCACUGUUACUUUUGAACAGUCCAUUGAAGCUGUGCAAGCUAUAUCUAUGUUUAAUGGCCAUCUGCUAUUUGACAGACCAAUGCACGUGAAAAUGGAUGAGAGGGCCUUACCAAAGGGAGAUUUUUUCCCUCCUGAGCGUCCACAACAACUUCCCCAUGGACUUGGUGGUAUUGGCAUGGGAUUAGGACCAGGAGGGCAGCCUAUUGACGCCAAUCAUUUGAAUAAAGGCAUUGGAAUGGGCAACAUAGGACCCGCAAGAAUGGGAAUGGAAGGCAUAGGAUUUGGAAUAAAUAAAAUGGGAGGCAUGGAGGGACCCUUUGGUGGUGGUAUGGAAAACAUGGGUCGAUUUGGAUCUGGGAUGAACAUGGGCAGAAUAAACGGUGGAGGUGGAGGCAGUGUCCCUGGAAUUGAGAGGAUGGGCCCCGGCAUUGACCGCAUUGGGGGUGCCGGCAUGGAGCGCAUGGGUGCAGGCCUGGGCCACGGCAUGGAUCGUGUGGGCUCUGAGAUUGAGCGCAUGGACCUGGUCAUGGACCGCAUGGGCUCAGUCGAGCGCAUGGGCUCCGGCAUCGAGCGCAUGGGCCCACUGGGCCUCGACCACAUGGCCUCCAGCAUCGAGCGCAUGGGCCAGACCAUGGAGCGCAUCGGCUCUGGUGUGGAGCGCAUGGGUGCCGGCAUGGGCUUUGGCCUGGAGCGUAUGGCCGCACCCAUUGACCGUGUGGGCCAGACCAUCGAGCGCAUGGGCUCUGGCGUGGAGCGAAUGGGCCCUGCCAUCGAGCGCAUGGGCCUGAGCAUGGAGCGCAUGGUGCCCGCAGGCAUGGGGGCAGGCCUGGAGCGCAUGGGCCCUGUGAUGGAUCGCAUGGCCACCGGCCUGGAGCGCAUGGGCGCCAACAGUCUCGAGCGCAUGGGCCUGGAGCGCAUGGGCGCCAACAGCCUGGAGUGCGUGGGUCCCGCCAUGGGCCCGGCCCUGGGCGCUGGCAUUGAGCGCAUGGGCCUGGCCAUGGGUGGUGGUGGCGGUGCCAGCUUUGACCGUGCCAUCGAGAUGGAGCGUGGCAACUUUGGAGGAAGCUUCGCAGGUUCCUUUGGUGGAGCCGGAGGCCAUGCUCCUGGGGUGGCCAGGAAGGCCUGCCAGAUAUUUGUGAGAAAUCUCCCGUUUGAUUUUACAUGGAAGAUGCUAAAAGACAAGUUCAACGAAUGUGGCCACGUGCUGUAUGCCGACAUCAAGAUGGAGAAUGGGAAGUCCAAGGGGUGCGGUGUGGUUAAGUUUGAGUCGCCAGAGGUGGCUGAGAGAGCCUGCCAGAUGAUGAAUGGGAUGAAGCUGAGUGGCCGAGAGAUUGAUGUUCGAAUCGAUAGAAAUGCUUAAGCAGUUGCCUUUUUUAAACAUCGAUACCAGACCUCUGAAUUUGUAUUUUUUCUUGUUAACCAUUUUAAUUUGUUGGCUGGAUGUAUAAAGAUGUUUAAAAAAUUCAGUUGCUUUUUGGGGUAAUUUGAAUUACUUUUUUAAUGACUGGGAUUCCAUCUGACUGUUUGCAUUGAGAUUGCAAUGUGCGCAAUUUUUUUUGUAGUUGUGGCAUCUUGUUGACAUCGAAUAUGACUUUGAUAAUAAAUACCAGUUCCUGAAAAA